CGCACACAAAGCACUGCAAUGAGCUGAAUUCAGAGUGCCGAAGAAAACAGCGAAACACCUCCGGAGGCGGAGAAGGAACCGCCAUGGAAGGAUACAAAGCGCAGCCCUCCGCUCCCCUCCAGUGACAGCCCCAGAGCGGCUCCUGCAGCGGGGACCCACCUGGAUGCACCCGCACAUCCCCGCAUCCCCCGAGCGGCGAUCCCGGGGGGGAUGCGAGGCGUCGAUCCCCGUUAACCGCAGCGGCGACUGAGCCCUUCCUUGUGGGAAGCGCCUCCCGAGCGUGAUGGGAACCACAGAAGCCACCCUGCGGAUGGAGAAUGUGGAUGUGAAGGAGGAGUGGCAGGACGAGGACUUCCCCAGGCCUCUCCCAGAAGAGACUGGCAUGGAGUCGCUGGGCAGCCCUACAGAGGACGAGCACACAUCCUCUCCCCCACAUACCUUAAACUUUAACGGGGCGCACCGUAAGCGGAAGACGCUUGUCGCACCUGAAAUCAACAUUUCCCUGGACCAGAGUGAAGGCUCCAUUCUGUCCGAUGACUUCUUGGACACGCCGGAUGAUCUGGAUAUCAACGUGGAUGACAUCGAAACGCCCGACGAGACGGAUUCCCUCGAAUUCCUGGGGAAUGGGAACGAGCUGGAAUGGGAAGAUGACACUCCUGUGGCCACGGCCAAGAACAUGCCUGGGGACAGCGCGGAUCUGUUUGGGGACGGCGGGACAGAGGAUGGGAGCGCAACCAACGGGCGGCUCUGGAGGACCGUCAUCAUUGGGGAGCAGGAGCACCGCAUCGACCUGCAGAUGAUCAAACCCUACAUGAGGGUGGUGACGCACGGAGGGUACUACGGAGAAGGACUCAAUGCCAUCAUCGUCUUCGCUGCCUGCUACCUGCCAGACAGCAACCUGGCUGAUUAUCACUAUAUCAUGGAGAACCUCUUCCUCUACGUGAUCAGCAGCCUGGAGCUGCUGGUGGCUGAGGACUACAUGAUCGUGUACCUGAAUGGAGCGACGCCGCGGAGGAGGAUGCCGGGGCUGGGGUGGCUGAAGAAGUGCUACCAGAUGAUAGACAGACGGCUGCGGAAGAACCUCAAAGCUCUGAUCAUUGUGCAUCCCUCGUGGUUCAUCCGGACGGUGCUGGCUAUUUCCAGGCCCUUCAUCAGCGUGAAGUUCAUCAAUAAGAUCCAAUACGUUCACAGCCUGGAGGAACUGGAGCAGCUCAUCCCCAUGGAGCACGUCCAGAUCCCAGACUGCGUCUCGCAAUUUGAAGAAGAGAGGAUCAAGGCCAGGAGAGAAAGGGCAGAAGAGAAACAAGACAUGGCUGAAAGGGAAAGCAGGCCUGUGCCCCCUGCAGAGGAUCAAGAAACCAGCAUGCCAUGAAUCGAGGCAGCGCGGGACAAAGGGAGCAGAGAGCGACGCAGCCCAGCACUCCCCCCUGGAAAUGACCUUUGGGUAGAAGACCUUUCCACCGCCCAGCUCUGAGCUCUGUAAGGUCACGGGGCCUCCCCUCUCUGCACAACGCAAAGUCCUCCAAACUUCUGGAAAACAUUUGACUUUUCAACAACAACGACAACAAGAAAUAUCUCCAAGGAUAGCACGUUUUUUUUUUCAGGAUGGGUUCCAUCGUGUCCAGCAAUGGUCUGCAGAGAGCUCGGAGCAAACAGAGACUCCACCUCCUCGCAGUGAGCAAAGAGCAUCCCGCAGUCCACUUGCCCGCAGACAGAUCUGUUCUUCUUUUCAGUCCCAGCUCACUGCGACACUCUGCUGCCCCAGGGGAUCGCUAAUGCAAGAAAUGAAAAGAGUCCAUUUUCCCCCUUGCUAUCCCUUUAUUUUCCCCCUGUAAAUGCCAAGUGCCCACCGCUCCUCCCAGCCUUGACCUCCGUUCAUCUGCUGCCAGUUCUUAUUAACUCGUAGUGAGCCGCUGCUGUGGGUAGAUGCUGUGUUUUUACUAUACUCAUUCUGCCUCCGUAGGGCCCCGGUAGCUUUGGGAAGGGUCCCACAGAGCCUCCCUGUGAGCUUCUCCUCAUGUCACACACGGUGGUCAGAAGGAGCCCUGCAGACAGGAGUGCUUCCUAUGCCUCUGUGUUGGCUUCAUGCCCUCGGACAAUCCUCCAUCACCGCUCCCUUGAUGGAUUCCCACUGCCGAGGGUCAGGAACGCGCCGUGUGUCCUGGGGAGCACAGACCCCUCGGUACAGACAGAUCCACGUGCAGGGAUGGAGGAGAAAGUUGGGAUGUGAUGUGGGACUGUGCUGCCUGGUGCCAGGGCUCAGGAGGGCUCUGGGAGCAGAAGGGAGGAGAGCAUGUUGGAAAUGAGGACGUGGUGAAGGCACUUGAAGAUGCUGCUCUCGUCACAGCGAGCUCACACGCAGCACACAGGGCAGAGCCCUGCGCCAACAAGCGUGGAUGGAGACCUGUGGGUCCCACACCCAGCCACCCCAACCCACAGCAAUCCAAAAUUAACCGUGGAUUUCUGCGAGCAUCAUGAUGGGCCCCACUGGCAAGGGGAAUUCUGCACAGCAGAGAAGGACUGAACAGCACUGCGACAUCGGGGCAGCCCCUCCAGAUCCUGUGGGCUUCAGAUCAUCCCAUAAGCACUGGGGAUCUCCCUGUAGUAGGGUGGGAAUUUGCCAUCUCCUGUCGAUAACACUGAGGUUGUCCUUCUGUGGUUUUGGACCAUUUUAAUGCAUUUAGACAAAAAAAAAAAAAAAAAAAAAAAAAAAACAGAACUGCUCUGCUUUCACAAAAGAGUGCAAUUGGACGUUGGGAGUGGAGUGAGCAGCCCCAUGGGUGGGAUGUUGGAUAGCGUCAAAGCUCAGCUCCCAAACCCCUUCUGACAUCUGCAGUUAUUAAGAACUCCAGUGAAGAAUGUUUGAAACACAAUGGGAAAUCGUGCUGCCACAGAGCACGGGGCAGUGAGGAAUGUAGAGGACGCGUGGUGCUGGGACCACUUCACAGUGCUGACAUCCCACAGUCCCUGAAAUGCAGCACUUCAUGACCCCUAAGGACACGGUUUGGGGUUUUGUUGUUGGUUUGUGGGGUUUUUUUUCCUCCUUUUUCAAUUCUUUUCCAAAGAACAGACUCUGGGUCUACGACUUCAGAAAGCUGCAGGCCUGAAGAUGAUGUGUCCCGGGUUUCCAGGAGAUUCCUUUGGGCUGAGAGUUCCCUCUGAGGAUGCACAGACUUCACUGUGAGAUGCAUAAGAAGUGGUGUAAACACGAGUCCAUUCACAACUUCUUUUUCCAAAAGGGCACUUUCUGAUGGAGCACGUGGGAUGCACCUCAUUUUAAUUUUUCACAAGAUGUCUGGAUUGCAUCAGUCUUCUGCUCCUGGAUGGACGUCUGUGUAGCUUUUCAGCACGGAAGAGAACGUUCAGCCCAUAGCAGUGUGGGCACAGCCCAAUGGGUGAGGGCUCAGCUCAGCCCACAGUGGGUGCGGGUGCCCCAUAUCCACAAUGGAUACGGGUACAGCCAAACCCAUAUGGGAUACAGGUACAACUAAAUGUGAAAAGUUUUGGUAGCAACGAAAAACGUAUCACUGACUUGUUGUUUCGGAGAGCAAUUCAGAUGCUCAGCAAAACUCUUUGCUGAGGACACAGCAGUGGGGUUGGCAGUGCCCCAUAAUUAACUACGCUGCAAUGCUGAUGGCUUUAGGGCUGGUAGAGCAGCACAGGCUUCAACACAUUGCCACGGGGUGGCCAAGGGAUGGGCAGAGGGGCAAACGGGUGCAACAGGAGCUGCACCUGUCUGAAAAUGCUGUCAGAAAUUCACGUCCUGCUGUCACAGAGGUGAGAGGUUGAUGGUAACUCUGGAGGACAGCGGACAAAAAUUGGGGACAGGUGAUGGAGAACUGGUGAUGCGGAGCUGCCAGCCCUGAUGAUGGGACUCACCGACCGUAAAGCAGUUGACAAGGGGCCAAGAGGAAUCCAGAGUGACUGCAGACACAUUUUUUUGCUGUUUCAUAGAGCGCUGUGAUCAGAAUCAAUGUACGGAAGGUCUGGUGCUGAUGUUUCCACUGGAGUGCAGAUUGUAGGAGAUCCUCAGAGCAAAUCUGCUCUACCAGAAGAUAAAGAAGUGAAAUCACAGAAUGACAGAGUUGUAGGGGUUGGAAGGGACCUCCAGAGCUCAUGGAG